AUGAUCUGUACGACCUACAUCACUGCAGAAAAAGACGUGCUUGGGAUUGACGCCACCCUCGCCAUAUUUAGCCCGCUGCUGAAGCCGAAGAUUCUAAACCCAAAGGCCAUGCUUCUUGUCCUCUUUGUCUGUGAUAUUGAGGACAUGUGGAGUAGGGACACACUGGACCAGGACGUCGCCCGUGCAACAAAAUACCUCUCUGAACCCGAGACAACUGAUGACAAUGACGCCGACCUAAUUAGAAAUAGGAGAGCAAGCUCUUUUUUCAGCAACGUCAGCAAAUCGUUCGAUUUAUACAAAAAGUCCACAGGGUUUGGCACACUCACAAGAAAAUAUGGGUUGAAGAUGAGAGGCAACAACACAAUUGUGGCCCACUGGCCAAUGCGACCUGGAAAGAACGCACCUCAAGAGGUAUUUGAUAUCCUGGAGGCAUCCGGCGCCUCUGGCUAUGAGCGGUACGUCGAGUGGGAAUGGGCAUGA